AAAAAAAAGGACCACUCCCCAUGCAUUUUUCCAUAAUGAACAGAUAAAAACCUGCUUCUAAAUUUCAGAAGUGUCGUUUUCCUUCUGCUCUGUUCGGUGCUUUAUUUCUGAAAGAGAUAUUCAAUAAUCAGCAAGAAAGAACCAUAAAGCUAUAUUAUUAUGGAAAGAGCAUCACAUGCAGAACUAUUCAACUAUAAAGGAUAUAAUGUAUCAACAGAAUUCAUGAAACUUGACCUUCUUGAGUCAGUAGAAGAUUUUGAAGUCAGAGACAGUGAUAUAUUCAUAGCCACUUAUCCAAAAUCUGGAACUAUUUGGAUCCAGAAUAUUGUAUGCUUGAUUUUGUAUGAAGGCCAUCGGAAUGGAACAGAAAAUAUUUCCAUAGCACAACGGUGUGCAUCCAUAGAAUACAACAUAUACAAUGUGGAUAUGAGCCAGAUGCCAUCACCUCGUGUCAUCAUGUCACAUCUACCAUAUUACUUACUUCCCAAGAAACUGAGGGCCCAAAAGGGAAAAGUUAUUUACGUGUACCGAAAUCCAAAAGAUAUUUUAGUGUCCUAUUUUCAUUUUCGCAAAUCUUUCCAUGGAAUUGAAAAUUCAACUAAUUUGGAGAAAUACAUGCAAAAGUUUUUAUCUGGAGACGUUGCUGGCAGUUCGGUCUUCGAUCAUGUGAAAGGCUGGUAUACACAUCAAAAUGAGUUUAAUAUUCUCAUUCUGUGCUAUGAGGAAAUAAUGCAGGACCCUAGAGGUACCAUCCUUCAAAUAUGCAAAUUUAUUGGAAAAGAGCUGAGCAGCCAGGAAGUAGACAAAGUUGUGGAGAUGUCUACAUUAAAGAACAUGAAAGCUGAUCCUAGGGCAAAUUAUGUGAAAACACAUGAAGAAUGUUUUGGACUAACAAACGUGAAACAUAUACGCAAAGGAAUUGUUGGAGACUGGAAGAAUAUUAUGACAGUAUCACAAAAUGAAUGGUUUGACAAAAUUCUUCAGGCACAAAUGAAGGAUAUACCGCUCAAAUUCAUCUGGGAUCUAAAGGAAAUACAAUCUACUCAGAAUGGGAAGCUGCAGGAACCUCUCCAGGAGGAAGCAGAGCAGAAAUGUUCAACACAGCCAUAAUACGUAUAUGUAGUUUAAGCUGUUACAGUACACCUAUGCAUUUUCUGUAUGUACUGUAUAUGCUUAUGUGUAUUGUGUCCAUACUGCUUUCUGCUCAGUGUUGUUCCCUGCUUAAUGGAGCAACCUUAAAAAGCAUGGCUUUUGGUCAUGCCAUCUUUUUCAAAAUGUUGAAAACAUCCUAUAAUUUAUCACCACAAAUGGGUCAAGGUAUACCAGAAUGAUUUCAUAAAUGUUUUCCAACAAAAAUGAUCAGGUCCAACAAUGUGUCCUGCCAUUCUGUUGGAGGGGUAGGGAAGUCGGCAUUUUGGGGAUGCUUUCGCUUUUGCUGCAUGCUUGGGAAAUAGAGAGGCGGAGACGCGGCACACUCCCUCCCAGCUGGUUCCCGGCAGGUCCAAAGGCCGUCAUGCCCUGAGAGUGGUCUGUUAUUUGCCUUGCACCUCAGUGUUAUCAAACCUUUUCCUUGGUUGCCAGUGGACUGGUCAGGGUGGCUGGGAUUGGGGAAAAUUAAAGAAUUGCUUUGUGUGGGACUUUCAGAGUCUGUGUGAUUCUACUACAACCACUUUCUGUCAAUAAAAGUUCUUUUGAUUCAA